GCAAACAUGGCGUCCCAACGUGUACACUCGCAAUAAGUUGGCAUAUGUCACGAUGAAAAACGACGAAAUAUUAAUAUUUUUGUCGCGGUAUCGUGAAAAUGUUGAAAGCGACAAGCCCGAAAGUGAACGACGUCGAAAAGAAAGAUAGUCAGGAAUCGAAAAAUCCAUCUUAUGUGAGAAAACUAAAUUUCGGAGAGUCGAUUCUAACCUUAAACACGGUUAGGCAAUUUCAAGGGCAAAAAGACGGAAGGUUGCUGAUCGACAAAAAUGUGGCGAGUAUACCGUGUACGGCAAAGAUCGAUUUUGUACGCAAAUGGAUCGAAUCUCAUGAAGAGUGCGUUCUCAAUUCGAACAAUGACCUCCAAUUAUCUCCUACGCUGGGUUCGUCUAUGACUAAACGCGCGGAAACUUCCCCCGUCUUUGGCAAUCGACGCAAACGAGUAAGAAAGAAAAGUAGUUUGAACGACUCUACGAUAAAUAACGAUGACCGAUCGCGUUUCAGUGAACUAUCAAAUAAAGAAAUUUCUAGUCCUUCUAUUGGGUGUAACAAGCGUAUCAAAAUUGACACUAAUAGUAGUAAAGAGAACAUUAGAAAGAGGCUUUUCCAAUCAUCCAACAUAGUUGCUUCUCCUGUGUUGGAUAGAAAAUGUUAUGGGUAUAAAAGAAGAAGAAAAAGAUUGAACAAUGAAAGCGUACGGAGAUCGGUAUUGGAGCAAAUUGAAAAUAAACAGAUGGAAAAUACAAAGAGCGCUUGUGUCGAUAGAGAAGUGUCUGGGCAGAGACAGUCUCCUGUUCUGGUUAAAAAUUGCCAUUAUUCUAGCAAAAAAGGAAGGAGAAAGUCAUCACAAUUGCAGUUACCCUUUUCUGAUAGAGCGGAAAGUAACUAUCUGGAUUCUAACAUGAAUUCUGUGGCAUCUUAUAAUUUACCACCUAGUCAGUAUCCAGAAAUCAAAUUCAAAAUCAUGUGUACUCAGAAGCAACGUCAGUUGAUAAAAAGAUUAGAAGAUAGUUUGAAGGAGGAUGAUGUAGACUCUUCUACCAGUAAAGAUUCCAAGGCUUCAAAAGAGGUGGUAGAAUCAAAUUCGACGACUCCGAAUACAAAAUUACACAUUGAGGAUAGCCCAAGGAACGUAAAAGACACAGUGAAAAUUGAAACAGAGUCCAGUAAGUCGGACGACGACAAUUGUAACGAUAUCGCAAACACCUCUAGCGAUAAUACCGAUUGCAAUCUUAGCGAUCUGAUAGAAGACACGGAUGUACAAGACGUAGAGUCCACUAUUAAAAACUGUAAACGUGAUGAGAAACACGGUUUUCAUAUAGUUAUUUCUAAACCCGGCUCCCUGAAUUCACAAAUGACCAAAAGCUCCGAUCAGACGUUCUUCGAAAAAGCGGAACACGUUGAACGAUCUUCUCAGAAAAUUUCUCAAGUCUCGACACAAGUUAACGAUGCAACCGAUAUUAAAUCGAGUCAAAGCGGAGUUGUUAUUAGUACGGAAACUUCUCCGGGCAAAACGUACACGGAUCCAGCUGUACAAUUGAAUCUUUUAGACUCAGGGAAGAAAAGAAAAAAACCGAAAAGAGGGAGUUUGGCGGAAAGAUUGCAGUCGACGAUCAAUAGACAACUAUCGUUUGUUCGCGUAUGGAGAUAUCAAUUGAAACAAAUAGAUAAAGACAACGUUUCUGUGCCACGCGUUACCGUCCGCUUACAAGCGUGCGUGACUCGUUUCGGCAGACAAUUCCUAGAAGGAAUCGUGAUCGAAGAUCCGUCCCAAUUACUGUUUCCAAAUUUAGAUAAAAAUAGUUUUCCCAAACUUAAGAUCAUGACAAUUCCCAAUAUAGUGGGCAAAGUAAUAAUGUCAAUAGCGCAAGACCGACCUGAACUUUACGAGGAAGUGAAAUUAUAUAAAAAUGCCAGAGAAAGGGAAAAACACGAUAAUCAAGCAGACUUAUAUGCAGUUGUAAAUACGUUGCAGCAUUUAGAGAAGGCUUACAUCAGGGAUUGUGUGACUCCCAAAGAAUAUACAGCUGCUUGUAGCAAACUGUUGGUACAGUACAGAGCUGCCUUCAAACAGGUGCAGAGUGAUCAGUUCCCUACAAUAGAUGCCUUUGCCAGAGCAUUCCGACUAGACUGUCCAGCUGCUCUGGAAAGGAUCAAGGAAGACAGACCAAUUACCAUAAAAGACGACAAGGGAAAUACCUCAAAAUGUAUAGCUGACAUUGUAUCUCUGUUUAUCACAUUAAUGGACAAAUUGCGACUUGAAAUCAAAGCAAUGGAUCAACUGCACCCCGAUUUAAGAGACUUGAUGGACACCAUGAAUCGUCUAAGCAUACUACCGAGCGAUUUCGACGGCAAAGAAAAAGUUGCAGAGUGGUUACAGACCCUGAACAACAUGUCUGCCUCCGACGAGUUAUCCGACACGCAAGUCAGGCAAUUGAUCUUCGAUUUGGAAACAUCUUACAAUGCUUUCAACAAAGUUCUCCAUAACUCGUAAUCCACGUUAUUCGGUUGACAUGCUUCGGAACGUGAAACUGCUUAUUUUUUUAAUCGUUUAGCUUCGAUGGUUCCUUUAACGUCGUUUAAGACUAGUACAAUCAAAGGUUCCAGCUUGGUUUCAUGAUAACCGCGUACGUACGGACACGAAUGCGAACAAAGGACGUGUACGCACAGAGCCAUACAACUAUUUUAUACACCGUUCUUUAUAAGAUGUUUAAACGGUGAUUCGUUAAAUGUAAGAUACAAUUACGAUGUAUAUAAAGUGUAUCGAAAAAAACAAUAAAAUUAGUCGUAGGUGCUUAUUACAA